AUGGGGGAGAGUGUAGUGCGGGAAGGAUUGAAAUAUACCUACUGCGUGUAUUAUCUUCUAUGGAUUUGUGGGGAAUUUGAGAAGACCUCUGGAACUAUUGCCUACUAUUGCCAACUAUUGCCAACUAUUCUCAUCUAUUGCCAACUAUUGCCUACUAUUGCCUACUAUUGUCAUUCAUUGCCAACUAUUGCCAACAAUUGUCAUCUAUUGCCAACUAUUGUCAUCUAUUGCCUUCUAUUGCCUACUCUUGCCAACUAUUGUCAUCUAUUGCCAACUAUUGUCAUCUAUUGCCAACUAUUGCCUACUAUUGCCAACUAUUGUCCUCCAUUGCCAACUAUUGCCUUAUAUUGCCUACUAUUGCCAACUAUUGUCCUCCAUUGCCAACUAUUGCCUUCUAUUGCCUACUAUUGCCAACUAUUGUCCUCCAUUGCCAACUAUUGUCAUCUAUUGCCAACUAUUACCAACAUUCUAUUGCCAACUUCAGAACUUAAAUUGUCCGGGAUCCUAGUUUAA